GCAAGCUCUGAUCAAUCCCAGGCAUUUUAGUGGUCUUUUUAAUGUUUUCUGCUGUGAAACGUUUCCAAGCCCCCGUGGAAAUUAGUUAUGAGAAUAUGCGUUUCCUGAUCACUCACAACCCAACCAAUGCAACCCUCAGCAAGUUCAUAGAGGAGCUGAAGAAGUAUGGAGUGACUACCUUGGUUCGAGUUUGUGAUGCCACUUAUGAUCAAGCUCCUAUCGAGAAAGAAGGAAUCCAGGUUCUAGACUGGCCAUUUGAUGAUGGAGCACCACCCCCGAAUCAGAUAGUUGACGACUGGCUAAACCUGUUGAAAACCAAAUUUCGUGAAGAGCCUGGAUGCUGUGUCGCUGUUCACUGUGUUGCAGGGUUGGGAAGGGCUCCUGUCCUGGUUGCACUUGCUCUCAUUGAAUGUGGAAUGAAGUACGAAGAUGCAGUUCAGUUUAUAAGGCAGAAAAGGAGGGGAGCUUUCAAUUCCAAACAGCUGCUUUACCUUGAGAAAUACCGACCUAAGAUGCGAUUACGCUUCAAAGAUGCCAACGGUCACUGCUGUGUUCAAUAAAAAACAAAAACAAAACAAAAAAGAUCUCAACCGAAGGCAGAAGUUAGCAUGGGCUGUUUUCUGGACUCUUGGCACCUGGAAAUGUGAAUCUGGAAUCAAACUACAUCAUCAAAUUAGUGGUGGAGUUAGUGCUCCUCAACCUCUGUCCUAAUGGUGGUGAUGAUUGAGAAAAAAAAAUAAUAAAAAUUAAAAAAAAAAAAAUUAAGAGAAACAUUUCAGUGAAGGAUUGUUUUCUCCUUAAGCUGCAGUCUGAACAUCUGCAAGGAGAAAAUCAAUUUCUGAACCUUCUGUAUUUUUAACUUUUUAAGAAAAGAAAUAAAGUAAAUUUUAUGUCUAAGGAAAACCAGC